UGUUCGCGACCGACCACAAGCAGCAGUUUCCUGGAAAGGAAACUCAUGGGCGGUGUUGUGAGGAAGAUAAAGAGCGAAGAGAAAACAGUGGGAUUAUCUCUCAUAAAACAUUAUUUUUAUCAUUAUUAAUUUAAAUGUACUACCUCUCUUAGAGUGGGUUUUCGGGAAAAAAAGUUGAGGAAUAAAACAAAUCAUCAUCCACAGCCUACUUAUUUUUGAUAAACAGAGAGUAAUUUGCAGCGUCCUGCCAUGGCUACAAAUAAUGGUUACCCGAUUGACCUCCAACCACAGAAAAAUGCAAUUAAUUCCGCCCCUCCUUAUUGCCAGUCACCAGCCAUACCAGGUCACGGUCAAGUGCCAAUGAUGCCGGUUCCAAUGAGACCCGAAGGCUGUCCACCAGGACUGGAGUACCUGAUCCAGAUUGAUCAACUUCUUGUAAAGCAGAAAGUUGAACUAGUUGAAGCUAUAUUGGGUUGGGAGACCAAUAACAAGUACAUGGUGAAGAACAGCAUGGGGCAACAGGUGUUCUAUGUGGCUGAGGAAAACGACUGCUGUAACAGACAGUUCUGUGGGCCAUUGCGCUCAUUCGUCAUCCAUGUUCAGGAUAACUUGGGACAGGAAGUGAUGACCCUCACACGCCCUUUGAAGUGUGCUAGCUGCUGCUGCCCCUGUUGCCUGCAAGAGCUUGAAAUCCAGUCUCCACCAGGCAACCCCAUUGGAUAUGUGAUCCAGAAUUGGCAUCCUUUUAUUCCCAAGUUUACCAUUCAGAAUGAGAAAAGAGAAGCAGUUCUGAAGAUCGUGGGGCCGUUCUGCGCCUGCAGAUGCUGCUCUGAUGUCAACUUUGAUGUUUUGUCCAUGGAUGAGUCAACAAAGGUGGGCAGAAUCUCUAAACAGUGGAGCGGUUUGGUGAAAGAAGCUUUCACUGACGCAGAAAAUUUUGGAAUCUCCUUUCCUAUGGAUCUAGACGUGAAGAUUAAAGCUGUUCUUUUUGGAGCAUGUUUUCUCAUAGACUUCAUGUUCUUUGAACACAGUAAAUAAAUGAUUGUUGUCUGGAUGUCAUAUUGAAAUUUGAACUCCUUGUUCUGAACAUGGAUGCACAUGUGGAUCACUUGGCUUACAAUUAUAUUUUACAUAUUACUAUGCACGUUAUAUUAUAUAGUGUUGUAUUAAUGUUCUUGAGUCACCACUAGGUGACAGCAAUUCCCUUUUCUAUAACGUUUUCAGCAUCAAGUACCUGCUACAUGGAAGCUUUUGCUAAACAAUUAACUUCCUUUAAAACUGUAAGGCAUUUUACACAAUAUAAACACACUUACAGCAAGAAAAAAGGAAUGACAAUCUUUGCUCCUUUUAAAAAAAAAUUUAGUCAGUUUUUUUGGACAUUGCUUUUUUUUUUAAAGACAAAAUGUAAUCUAUUCUACAGUGGAAAAUGUCUAAAUUAACUAAUCAUGUCAAAAAUUAUAGUUGACAUCAUUUAAUCAGGUAGAGAAAUAGCUAUUUAAGGUAAUUGCAGGCUACUACAUUUUACAGUCUAUGCAUUCCUGAUCACUGGUAGUGCAUUUUAUAUUGUAAAAAGAUGUUGAAAUAAGCAUGUAAUAAAUAUACUGUAACUGUGUAAUUAUUCAAAAUUAAAUUUCUUUUAGCACCUACUGCCUUUUCCCCAAAGUGCUCUUCAAUUCCUCAUUAUGCCUUUUUAGAAGUUAAGGAGGCAUUAGAUAAUGAAUACCACUUUCACUUUUUUUUUUUUUACCUUUUCUUUUCUGUUAUUCACGUUUUAAUGUUGCUCAGCAACAACACCUCAUUUACACUCCAUGAGGAAUCAAA